AGAGGAGAUGGCAUUGCACGCCGCGACCGCCCCGCCGCCGCAACCCAUGGCCCUCCACCGUCCCAGAACGACCUCUCCGGCCACCUCGCUCUCUCCCUACCCAUGCAUUCCUCUUCUCAGAAUCCGUCCGUUCUUACUCUCCCCCGCCAAACUCCGCCUUAGGAUGCCCUGCUCCGUGCCUAGAAUCACCGCCUCGGCCACCGCGGCGCCUGUUGGUCCUGACUUCAUGGAUGCGCUCGAGCGGUGUUUCUCUCUUCCGUCGGUGGCCGAGGCUUCCUUCUGCUCCUCGCCGGCCGCUACUCCCGCAGCCUCGAUGCCGAUGAUGAAAGGGGGGAAAUAUGGGGCCAUCGGUGCGGUGACCUUGGAGAAGUCCAGGCUUGAUCUUUCUAAGAAGUCUAUGAGAUCCAACCCCGAGACGGCAAUUGGUGGCGGAGGUGGAGAUAUUGGAAAGAAAAUUUUUCAUGGUGGGGGUGGAGGAGAUGAUGGUGGUGAUGAUGAUGAUGAUGAUUACUUUGAUGACUUCGAUGAAGGAGAUGAAGGAGAUGAUGGUGGAUUAUUUAGAAGGCGCAUAGUGUUUCAAGAGCUUUUUGACAGGAAAUUUGUAGACUCUGUGCUUCAGGAGUGGUAUAAAAGCAUGAUAGACUUGCCUGCUGGCCUUCGACAAGCUUAUGAAUUGGGAUUAGUGAGUUCUGCUCAAAUGGUCCAAUUCUUGGCAUUUAAUGCAAGGCCAACAGUUACAAGAGCUGUCUCUCGAAGCACUCCUGAAUGGUUAUCCAGAGCAUUCAUUGGAAGGAUGAUUGCAGAUCCAUCAUUUUUAUAUAAACUAAUUCUAGAAGAGAGUGUGACUUGUGCCUAUUCUGCUUGGUGGGAAUUCAAGAAUCGAAAAGAGAGGAUUAAACAAGAAUGGCAUUUGGCACUCCUAAAUAUUCUAACCGUCAUGACUUGUAAUGGAAUUAUCGUUUGGUCUCUUGCACCAUGUCGCUCAUAUGGGAAUACAUUCCGGACUGACUUACAAAACAGUAUUCAGAAACUUCCUAACAACAUAUUUGAGAAGGACUAUCUCAUGAGGGAAUUUGACUUACAGAAAAGAGUUUAUUCUUUCUUCUACAAAGCUGCUGAGUUUUCUCUACUUGGAUCUACUGCACGAACUGUUCAAAGUGGUCUAUCAAACUUUUUUUCUUCCAAGAAGGAUGAGAGGUUGUCAGUGACCGUCCCUUCUGUAAGCACCAACGCUCUUGGAUAUGGCGCCUAUUUAGGGUUUUAUGCAAAUCUGCGUUAUCAGAUUUUGAAUGGAGUUGAUAGAGCUAUGAUCAAUCACUUUGAUGUUCUAAAGGUUGCUUUCUGUUUUAGCACAGCAUUGAGAAUUUUGAAUGCUCAUCUUGGGGAGGCAUCCAGGCGAGCUUGGCUAGGGGUGGAAGCAGAUACUCUAUCUCAGUCAGAUAAUUUACCGAAACCGUACAACAAACCAUCAAAUGCUAUAGAAGCUCCAUCAUCAAAGUGGCAUAUCUCGAAUCACACUGUCAUGAUGGGUCUCUGGUUACCGGGUCUCAAGCAGGGAAGAGAUGAACCAGACUCCAUACCCUCGAAACCACACCGAAAGCGAACCAUCAGAAGAAAAGCAAAUGCUUCCUCCUCCUAGUCAGUCUCCAUUCAUCCAUCAAAGUUACUACAAUUCUUUUAGACUGUAAACCACGCAUCAGCUUGUGCCUCACAUUGCUAUAAUCUGAAUGAAGCGAGUGGGCAGUGAUCAUCAUGUGGAAUACUGAAUCCCGAAUACCCAAAGAGUAUGGAUGAUGAACUCUGACAAUUUUGGCUAAGUUAGUUUUGAGGAUCGCCAGUUUGCCAUCUCAUUCUUUCAAUUGCUUUGUAAUAAAGAGGAACUGGCUUCGAUUACAUCAACAUUCUCAUUUUUUGGCUUCAGAACAAUAAAUCUACCCACCUGAAGCAGGUGGGAGAAGAUGCUGUAGGCCAUAAAUCUAAUGUGCCGAUGAAGGAGUGGUGGCCACGGAUGGAGGAGGGGAGACUAGCAAGGAUGAAGUGUGCAAUGGCCAUUGCUCCGGUGUUGACCGAGGAGGAAGGAGAACAUUGGAGGUAUUUAGACAAAAAAUCACUUUGUUUUGACUUUGUCAUAUUAAAAUAUGUUUUCAAAAUGCUUCUAAAAUUUUAUUAAUAUUAAAAUAUCUUUUAAAAUUUCCCUGGUAUUAUAAUAUUUGUAUUAUGAGAUUGAAAUGCUCAUUAUGUGUGUAGUAAUAUUUUUUUU